ACGCUCGUCUGUGGAAACCAGUUUCGAGAGAGACGAAAUUUGUGGCCGUAAUGCCACCGACCUGGUGGGGAGAAACGCGCACCAAAAGGUAUACUCCUACGUGGUCCACGCUGGACAGGGGACAAAAAGGGAAGGAGCAUGCUCCCUCUUUCUCCUGAAGGCCUCUCCUCUGCGUUGGCUCCCUGGUUAUAAAGGAGAAGAGGAAGGAGAAGUCUUGACGUGGCCAAACUUUCUGCCAGUACGUUGUUGGCAUUCUUUACUGCCAACCAGAUCAGAAAUUCUGAUCAGAACAUUGAUCCUUUGCUUUCCCCAGUCUCAUUCUUUGCGUUCAUAAGGCGGAAGUCCUUGUUUUCGGCUAAGGGGAGCCUUCAUCUCCUGUAUAUCCUCCUACAAGUACCCUUUUAGGUCUUUGAAAUAUUCCUCCCUCCGACUGCUUUCCAGAUUUCCGCGUUUGGGGUCUGUUGGAGGAAUGAGACCGAGCACGCUUUUCGGUGCAGAGCUUCUGCUCUAGUUUUUCAAUGUUCAUCCCCAUUCCUGGCUAGUAUUGCAGUGUCACUCAAGUACGGCAUCUACUUCUAGGAGAAAAUGUGGAAUCACUGGUUAUUGUCAGACUGGGAUCCUUAUCGUGAUUAUUCCUUAAUGUUUCCAUCGGAUACUCAUCGUCUAUAUUCUUUUGGUGGCCAAUUGUGGUCAAGAAUAGGUGCAUUUGUCGACACUUCCCUUUUUCAUCCUGGAUGUUUUCAUGCUCCUGGAAGUCUGGCAAUUGGAGAAGCCUUUGGUCGCAUUUCUCAUUUGGCUGGAGCUCUUCUCCUUUUGUUAUCAAGACCUAAUUCUGCUCUGCACCGUAAUGUAUUGAAUGACCAGCAUAGGUCAUGUAAAAGCCAUCAAUCUUGUGCAGAAACAAGGCCACUUACAACUUGUGGACAUGAUAUUUCCAGAUUUCCUACUAAUCUUACACCAACAUCACGACCAACUCUACUGUAUAUUAAUAAAGUCGCUGAUGCUGCUGCGAAACUAUUGCGGGGUGAACUUCACCAGUUUCAGCAAUUUUCAUGGUUGUCAAUAGCUGCUUCUCUUGUGCCAUCGGUUGAAAAUUUGUCUUCAAGGAUAUUGGUUGCUCCUCUUGAUGGGACCAUUGAAAGAAUGAAGACUGAAGCAGAUCUAACACCUUGUGCGGAAGAGAACAAUGGGUGUCAUAACCUUCCGCUGUUAAGCAAAAGUUGGAUGAGUGUAGGAGACACAACUGAACCACAAACAGGGAUUAAGUUCCCCAUAGUAUUGGACAAACAUUUUGCUGAUGGCAGUAAUUCCAAUAAGAUUUCAAAGGUACUUGUGGGAGUUGGCUCAAGGAGCAUGAAAGUGAUCAAAGUGAAGAAGUUAAAGGUUUAUGCUUUUGGUUUAUAUGUUCACCCUGGUUCGGUCUGUAAAAAAUUGGGUCAGAAGUAUGCAUGUGUGCCUGUUGAUGAACUCAAGGGGCAUGAAGAAUUUCUGCAGGACCUUCUCAGGGCGGAUAUUGAUAUGACUGUUAGGCUUGUGGUUAGCUGCAACUAUCUGAAAAUGAGCACUGUGCAGACUGUGUUUGAAAGAUCUCUCAGGAAUCGUUUGCUGAAGAUGAAUCCAGAUGCUGAUGUAGAUUGCCUGAGACUAUUUGGUUCACAAUUUCCUCGUGAUAUACAGCUAUCCACUGGGACGACGAUUGAUUUCCGUCAAACCACAGAUGGGCAACUCAUAACAGAGUUUGGUGGGAAACAGAUUGGGGCUGUCCAAAGCAAGGAUUUAUGCAGAGCAUUUUUCAGCAUGUAUAUAGGGGACAUACCAGUUUCAGUUCAGGCAAAGAAGGAGAUUGGUGAGAAUGUUGCCGACAUCAUCAAAAGAUGUUAAUGUGCAUACAAGAAACUUGACGUGCUUGAUACAGAUUUCAUGACUAUGAUGCUUGGAUUCGUGAGAAUGUUCUUGACAUGAUCAGAAGACGCUGAUGUCCAUGAGAGCAAACUAAACGUGCAUGGUAUUUCAUGUCUAUGAUGCACGGCAGCAUGCCCUAUGUAGUAAAACGUGAAGGGCCUUUCUACUUUAAAUGACACAAGUACGACGUACUUGCUGCAGAAAAGUUAUCAAGACAGUUAUACGCCUGGCGGUGGGUGAGCUAUAUCUCCCAUGGACUAAUCUACUAGAUACAAUGGGGGGCAACUAAACUUGAUCUUUUUGAUAUGAUAAGAGUCUGUAAAAUACAAUUCUUUCCAAUGAAUUUGGCUUACUUUGUUA